AUGCCAUCGCAACUCGAUCUCACAACUGACUACGGUUUGUAUGCACGGAAGCAGAUCAAACCUGAAGAAAUAUUCUCAACAAGCGGACGGACAUGGGACAGCCCCCUCACGGCGAACAGCCCCUCAGAGAAUGCGCGCUCCGCUGAGAAAGGGGAAGAAGUGCGUACAAUCACAGCCACAGCACGUCCGAAUACUGAGGUAAUGGAAAAAGAUGUGUCUGCCGAUGAACGGGAUAAAACAGGCUAUGAAGAUGGACGCAGCAAACCACCGAAUACGCAACAUCCUCGUGCACACCUAGCAACAAUAGUAGAAUGGCCUGCGUUGGAAGUGGAUGCACCUGCUGCAUCAAUCAGAGGUGAGCUCCACACACCCGGCAACAGAAAACCGUGCGUACAGACGGUACUACAGGUACAUACACACAAAGGCAAGCAAAUACAAUCACUUACAAAGACACUGACACGGACACAUGACAUUAUACGAACGGACGAGGAAAAAUCAACGCUCAAUAAACAAUCAGCAGUCUCGAGCAUGGUUGUGGUUGAGACCACGGCGGCUAAGACAACCUAUGACAAACCACAGUCCACGGAAGAGGAGAGAAUAGAUGAUGCCAAUUGGCUACUGAAGAGUGACCCAGCCAUACUGCAGAAGCAAAAUAUUGCUGCGUUAAAAACAAUUAAGGAGGAAUUAGCAACAGCUGUGACACGUCCCAGCGUACAAGAACACCGACAAGUGACUGGGCAAACCUCACUCGGGGGUAUGCAAUCAAGUGCGACGUCGUCAACCGUGUCGCAUGACAGAAACAGGGACGAGAAAGGUGCAGAGAAGGCAGCACAGAAGUGCUGUGGGGAGUUGAUGGACGAUCGGGGUGAUGAAGUUAAAGAGGAGCCUACGGGCAAUGAAUGUCAGGACCUCGAUGACCGACCAUUCCCCACGUAUGCUGUAACCAGUGUAGAUAGUAUGACACUUGAGAAUGCCACAGAUGCCGCUUCACCUCACAUGGAUUGGGAUGGUCUUGUAAUUCCCGCGGGUGGCACACAAGCACACCUGAAUGAUACACGGUCUACAUGUGGCACAUCCCACACGAGCAGCCGUGUCGGAGAGAAUCCGGGUCAAAGCAGUAUAUCGGGGUGGAGAAAGUCCGGGCUACAGAAGAAUGAUGUGUGGCUGCCCACAACCCCGGUCAAACGUCCAGUGGGAACCCCGGAAGAGUCUAAGAGCUCACAUGCGGGUGAGACCGCAGGAUCGAAUACCACCACAGAUGUGCACGAUGAGGUUAUACGAAUAGUACGUCUGACUCCGGAUUGGGAGCUAGAUGAGUUUGUAUCCUCACGUCCGCAAGAUCUAAGUACACCAAUGCGUACGAACAUCCUCUCCGCAAUGGCAAGAGAUAUUAUGGUAGACCUGGAUAGCACCCGCACAGGUACAGAGAUCGACGAAGACGCGACACGCUGCGUGGUUAGCAGAGGUGACAAGGGCGAUGUUGCAAACUACACACAACUACAGGGGCAGCUAAAUUUCGAGAAAGAUCGCACAACGCCACGGAAGACUACUACUGGCGAUACAGGGGAUGAUGCGGAGAUGGGUUUCGUUAAUACAACUCCAGAUAUAGCUAGGCUGUCACCAGACAUAGCUUCAGACUCGGAUGAAGGGCCACCUGAUACAUCCCACGGCCAGGGGGUAUACCGUAAGAGCCCUUAUGACACACCGGACAGUUUUCAAGACCAGGUCACAGCAUCCCCAUACGCAGCCCAGGCUGUGAACGCUCCUCAACAGUACUAUGAUACACCUGGCAGCACCCACGAUGGGUUCGGGGUGAUAGAAGACGGAGUGGCUACUGAAAUCUCCAGUGAUGAGAAAGUCUCACCUCUUCCCUCAGAGCGCAUUACACCUGACACACAUACAGAACUUACCGGAGAAUCCGCAGAGACGCGUCAAGUGCCUGCUAUACGGUCAGCUGAUUUACCUCUGCACCAGGUAUCCCCAAGUAAUCAGUCAAAGGUUAAUGACACAUCUGCCAACCCUCGACAAGUGGUUGAUGUGUCAGCGGACACAUUAUUUUGGGCUGUAGAGAAAGUGCCAGGAACUGUAGCCCAUGACCACGGCAUUAUACACAAGAACCCUCAGCCUAGACAGGUAGGAUUGUUAUCAAAGACAACCACCACCCAACAACCCAUCUCACUCGAUACUCUUAUGGAAUGCAUCAAUACCCCACUCACCUUCCCGGGAACUACCGAAGUGUCCCUCCAUACAUCUCAGGACGCGAGUGGGGGAUCAUUGGUCACACCCCAUACACCUUAUGUGUCAGUCAGGGUCCCUCGGCAACCCAUUAUCUCACCAGAUACGCGUCAGAACGUGAGCACAGGGCUACAGAACGUGCCUGAGUACGUGGGAGAAGUGCCGUCCAGCACAUUCAAAGGAAACACAGUAUCGUCUGAUACCCUUCAGCAGCUCGACAUGUCACUGGACAGCUCUCAGCAAGUGGUCGGAAGUUCAUCGGGAGCACUUGGAGCGGUAGAGAUACUGUCAUUGGACACGAACAGUAUGGCAGACGAGUUUACUGAUGAUACUCAGCGGCAGUUCAAACACCCACCUGACAACUCUCAGAUAGAGGCCAGAAAGCCAAGACACAAGCCAGAAGAGCGCGAGGGAGAGUCUAUCAAAACAUCGAACACACAAGGAGGGAUGUGUGAUACCCUUCAACAAGGCAUCACAUCUGGUACCUGCCAGACAACUCUAGAAAUGUCUCGGAACGUAACAGAGGGCGUAGAUGGGGUAUUAUCCCCUUCACAGCUGAACUAUAGACAACUGCCACUCGAGACACCGCACAAAAUAGAUGCAGACUCACGUGACCCCAAACGUUCGCCCAUCAUCCCGACCGAGACCUGUCAGGAAAUGGCCCAACCUAAGAAGGCCGGGUUCAGUUCAAUGGAGAUGCCACAGAGAUCAGACGGACAGUUACUAGAUACGCUUCCGGAAGUGUCGCCAGUACCCAGGGACAAGUGCCAAUCUACCGAGAGUGUCACUUACGAUAGUGCACAAAGUAUGAAAGAGUUGACAGCGGACUUGUCAGCUGCAAAUAAUGAGGCCGAAGAUGGGUCAGUAGAGUCAUCUCACAAUUCAAACGCACCAACAACACAGUCGUCGUGGCAAGUACUAGCUGCAUUCCCCACUACGUCGCCGACAAUAGAAAGUGUCUCGUGCGAUAUACCGCAGACAAUGGAGGGAGUACUGUCACACGCACUUACAGUUUCUCAAACAGUCACUCAUACAGUCAUGAGAAAGGUGGAGGACACAACUCUGCAGGUGGAUGAAGUGCUCUCUACUACCACUCCUCAUAUCAUUGACGGAGAGUCCCAGGCAACGGCCCAGAGGAUAAGGCUAUCAACAUACACACCACCAGAACUGAUAGAAGCAUCACCAGAUACGUAUCAAGUUGAGGAAGAAGAAGCUAGUGCUCUACGAUUGCAACAGGUAGCGAAGAGGUUGUCAUCAGACACGUCACAACGAGACGACACAUGCCAUGACACUCCACCGAUUGUGGCCGGUGGUGGACUGGAAUUGUCCGUCGAGGGGGUGGCCUUAAAUCGCGUCUCAUCUAAGACGGUGAGCGAUGCACUGCCAAAUAUACCCCGAAUAGUAGACAAACUGGCAGACACGCCCCAUAGGUCACCGAGCACACCACCUGACAACUCUCAGGGUACACACAAAGGGUUGCAAACGGUAUGCAUGGAAAAUGAAAGACGGCCCACGCGUACAACUCAGGAAGUGUGCGUGCUACAUGAGACCCCUCAGAUAGUGGCUGAUAUUUCAGCAGACACUCCCAUGGACUUGGAUUAUGUUUCAGCAGACACACAUAGAGAUACGAUGACACCAUCGCCACACACCCCGAAGGACGUAGCAGAAGCGUCGCCUGAGAAGUCGCAAGACGCGGACAGAGUGUUGCACAAACCACCUCAGAGAGAUAAGGAAGUGACACCCGACGCACCUCACAGAGAAGACGUUUCAUCAGCUACCCCCCACGCAGCGAUUGGGGAACCAUUACCCCAAAGUAAAAAGGCGGAUGGAGCGUUGCCCGUCACACCUCAGGAAUUUAACAGCCAAUCACCAGACAACCAACGGGAACCGUCCAGGGCGUCACUCGACAUAACUCAGGAUGGGGAUGGAUCAGCUCAUUCGACAACCCGAGGGGUGGGCAGAGUGACACCAGACAUACCUACUACACACAUGGAGACACUAACCUCUCAGGGCACAGACAACCUCUCGCAGUUGAGCCCACGGGGAAUAGACCGACCGCCCAAUGCCACAUCCAUGAGAUCUGAGCACGUGGUAUCGAAUACCGCUCACACUUUGGACGGAGUACCACUCAGCACAGCUAGGCAGACCGUUGAUGUCGCAGUCAAACGAGCUCAGACAAAUAGCUCUUGCACUCCGGAAGCGCCUCCGAUGGUCGAUGUUCCGGUACAAGAACAUUUCGAGUGGGCAGACAGAGUCUCAUUCGAAUCAACUGAGGGUCAAGCGGAAGUAUCACAGGAGGUGCCGCGGGUAUUAGACGGAAGUUCACCAGAUAGCACUCAGGGGAUCGUGUCAGUAGUAAUACGUAAGGAAACCGGAGAUGCACCAACAAGUGGGCACGACGACUGCAGAACGGCAACGCCAGACAGGUCUCGGGAGUUGCAGGGCGUUUCAGUAGCUAGCCCAACGAGUGCAAAGGAGUCACGUGAUGCAGCACAGAAUGGGGAGGGAGUUUUAACAGAUGGCAGUCAACGAGUUGACGGUGUAACACCAAGCACAGCCCAGGAAGUCGAUGGAGGAUCACACCUCCACAACGAUAUAGACACUGGCCGUGUAUCCGAUAGCGCUGGUGCUUCGCCUGAGGAUUUGCCUGUGGUGGCACAUGUGCUCUCAGCAUUUGCCACUGCCCCCACACCAAAGUACACGCUGGCAGCAAGUCCACUUGCGCGUUUACAUUUACAGCAGAGUUUGAUGCUCUAUCACACCUUUCGAGACGCUCCCAUACACACUCCUGCGGACAAUUCUGCGGACACUCCUGCGGAAGAUUGCGGGGAUGAUGUUUGUGAUAAAUCAACUGAGGAACUACGAGCCGAUAACAAGCCACACGACAGCGACCUGAUGGACUGUCAAGGCGCAGAGGACGGGAAUGGGUCUUCACUGACAGAUGAGCCAAGGGGCAAAGAUCAGACGGACACAGGUGGGGCUGUAGUUAGUCCUGCACGAGUUACAAGCGCUGUCAGUGGCGGUGUUGAUGUUGAUGUUCAGAGAGCUGUUCCAUCAAUACAAACGACAAACGAAACAGCGAUACACGCUAACCACACAACAGCCCAGACUCGCGAGCAAUCUGGUGGCGAUGUUAUGGGAAGUGAAGGAACGGAAGGAAGGACAGCUGGGAAUAUGCUCGCGGAUGGCUCAGCAGAAGAUGCUACACAGCCCACGAGUACCGGUGGUAACGGAACUGAAACCAUGGAAAGAGCUUUUAGUGUGCAAGUAGCUGAUACUAUAGACACGGCAGCAGACGCCAGAGAGUGUGUGCAUGAUGACAAGGCUGAGGGCGAGCAAGGGAAGGACAGUAUAACUGGCGAGAGCACUACAGAUGACACAGAAGAGAGUGAUAUACGAGCAGCAAGCAUCAGUUGCGAAGGCAUCGACACCAAGCAUGGGGUGUGCACUGUGCAAGCAUUUGAAGACAGACACUCAAAGGUACAUAGCAGCGAGAGGCCGAAGGAUGCUCAGAGCGGUGAUUGCGAGUCCUCGGUGUUGGCAACUGCCUGUAAUGAGAAACCAGAAGGUGAACGGUCCACAGAGAAGGAGAGGGACAGCAAUCAUUCCACAGGCGUAGCUGAGACGUGUGCAAAGAUUGAGAGAAGCACACUCGAGAACAUGGAUGAGGCCCAACACAGAACGCUGGAUGUGGAGAAUGGUGAUAGCGUCGCCAGCCGAAUGAGUGUCGAAAGUACCAACGACGAUAGAGGCGAACAUACAUCGGGGCUUAUAAACACUAAUCAGUCGAGUGUAAAUAUUGUGGACAGUAGAACGCAUACACCGAAGGAGAACGCGGAAUCCCGGGAAAGGGCCAAUGAUCAACGUUUGCUGGAAUCACAGCACGAGACAAUGCACAGAGGUGAGAGGCGUGGUACGCAUGCGAUCGAUGCGACGAGUGGGACUUCUACAGAUCAACUAGAUCCGCACAACAAUCCAAGCAAGAGCACGAGAAGCAUGCAGGAGUGCACGGCCCACGUUCAUACCGCUGACGCAACGGAGGGCACUGUGGAUACUUUGGGGACGCAGCGGGGGAUCAGUCCUGUGCUCACAACGAACACAAGCGUGAGUGAUAGCUCUGAUAACAGCAGAAUGGAGGAGAGCGAGUCUUGCACGGAUCAAGGGAAGGUGAGAGGUGGUGUGUUGGCAGAGACUGAGAGACUGGCCUCCGCCUGUACGAGCAGCACGCCUUGCAUCGACGGCUCAUGUGGCGAUACACAACCCAAGCCACCGGAAGGCGAUACGAGAACACCAGCGCUGAAUGUUGGAGCGAGAGUUGCAGAGUUGUUGCAGGGACAUAAGGUAACGUUACCUGAUGAACUGCUUAUGGCUCAUGAUAUGGUGAUCAGUGACGAACUGCUAGACCCGUUGGCGGUUGUUGGUGUAUAUAAGGGACUAAGUGCCGGUGCGGAUACAGGUGGUAGUUUGACAACACCCACGAUCACACCUACAAAGACAUCCAGCACCCUAGAUACGCGAAAGGCUCGCAACCGCACUACUCUAGGCACAAAUCCUUGUCUUGAUACACCUCGAAUAGAUAUAUUGACAGAUGCACACACUACAGCUACCGCGCGAGAUGUAUCGGGCAUACCUACUUCUGCUAAGAUAGUCAGCACGGACACAUCAACUGGGGCGCUCGGCAUACCCUCCAUCACGACAGCAAACAAAAGCGAACCCCUCACGCUAACACACAGAACACAUCAAUACACCAAAGACGGUGGCACGGAUACCACAUGUGCUUCAGGCAAGACCAGUAGCUCAACUAUAUCACCUGAUGCCACCAACACAGAGGGCCCGAACACGGCCUUAGGCUCACAUGUGUUGACUAUAGCAAUGAUUGUGCGGGAUACGACUAUAUUGUCCACCCCAGACGAAACUACUUGCAUAUCAAGCAUGCCCGCUACCACGAAGGCACACAGCAAACAGUAUACGUCGCAAAGAGCUGACAAACAAACAUCAGGCGGCACACUCGACCUAUCAGCUGAGGUUGAUACCUCAUGUACCACCACGUCGUCGAAACUAUCAAGGAUAGACACAUUGGCCGGCGAACGUGCCACUGAUUUGCUGAUAGACGGUCCGUGCUCUACGACUGCAGGCGAGCUACUCAUGCUACCCAUCACCACCAAUCAAAAGAACACAUCUGAUAAAUCGCAGCCAUCCGGCACACCUAUCACAGCGAGAAUACUCCGACCAGUCAGGGAUAAUCUGAUCAGGGUCCCCCCUGACCCCGGUUCGCCCUUGGCAAGAGGCCAAGUCCUUCCAAUGGAGAACAAGUUACAAGCGGAUCCGUCAGUAUGUAUACAUAUCUCGCCGAAUGGAGUGACACUGCCGUGCGGAGAAGGGCAUACACACACACAGAGAGCUCCGGACACACGCAGCGAUACCACAAACAGCCCCGCAGGUAUAACCAACACACACACAGAACGAGACAGCACACCUUCACGUACCACCGAGACACGCGGGAACAGAAGCGAGAGAGAACGUCGAGUUCACCUCAAACGGGCCGCGAGAUGGGAGGCGCUAACCAAUCCGCCGCUGAAGAGAAUGAUUACAUCUGCAGAUAGGAGAGGCGGUGUUUAUUACCAGACGAACACUGAUCUAAAAGGACAGAUAGGGGAAGAUACACAGACCCAUAUUGCGCGUCCGAGUGAAAGUGAAGAAAAUUUUGGGGCGCCGCGAGGCGGUGCACGGGUGACAAAAGUAGAGGCAGAAGAAGCAAACACGAAACAGCCCUCAACUGAGUCUGAACGAGGCCAAGGCAGACCCGAUGCCCAGGCACAAACAGAGGUCAUGAAAAACAUUCAACAGCCAAUCACGAUUGCGGAAAAGGAUUUCAGGAGCCCAAGACUGCGCUCGGCAAAUGAAGACCAGGGCUACUCGUCGGACAGCGAUGUGCCCUGUUCCGCAGAUGAAUCGAUCGGCGGAGAAUCCGACACGGAUGUACAGGUACAACGAUGUAGCACAACAACCAGGAGGCCUUCCAGAGAGAUGCCAUUGCGUGCACAAGAUGUCAAGGACGUUGGCCCAGAACAACCAAAGAAUUGUACUGUGUCGUCGGAAGAUGAAAGCCAGGACCACGGAUCGGAAGGUGAAGAAAGCGCUGCCAGGGAUUCAGAUAGAGGAGGGCUUGGCAUGUGUGCACACUCGCGUGCUGCCGAAGCUGAUGGUUUUAUUGCACCGGCGCCCGAGCCAAUUCCACUUCAACGAAUCAAGAUACAUAGAACCGAUCCUGAGGUCCGUGUGAGCAGAAAGAAAGUUAUAAACCAUGCCGCAACAGCCAAAACACAGCGACAUGUGUUGGGUAGUCAGUAUUACGCGAAGGCGUUCCGUAAGAGAAAGCGAACUGACGAGCCCAAGGCACGCACAGAACGGUUGUCGCGGGGGAGUGAUGAGGAGAUAACAAACGCGCACAGUCUCCGGAAGAGACACAGAGACCGCGCGUGCGUCCAGUUUGUGUGCCAGUGGAAGGACUGUGACAAGUCAUUCGUGGAUGAGAAUGCAUACCGCCAGCAUGUGAUGAGGCAUGCAAAUGCACAGAAACAGGCACAGUGUCCGUGUCUUUCUUGUGGGGAGCUAUUCGACAGCCGGGAGUGUCGUGCCAUGCACGAACGAGCCCAUAGAGCGGAUGGAAGUGCUCGAACAACCGCUCGACUAGGCGUGAAAAAGAGCCGUGGCAGACGCCGCUAA